GCUGCUGUCAUUCGUUGCUGAGGUCGUCGGUUUUUGGCGCCAAAAGUUAUUUGGGAAAGCUUUUUAUUAGCUUUGUCGGAAACUUUCUUUUUCCAAAUAAAAUUAGUUCUGCACAAUGGAAGGUUUUGAUGAUGCAGGAGUGUUCUUCAGCGAUAAUUUUAGCGUUGAUGAACAACAGUCUGAUACGCAAGUUAAUUUACAUGCAGUUAAAAAGAAGUUCAAAGAGUUUUUGAGGCAGUACCACACGGAUAAUUUCAACUACAAAUACAGUCUAAAUCGCAGAGAUACGUUGAAGAGGAACUACAACUUGCGCCAAUACUACUUGGAAGUGAACAUUGAAGAUGUGGGCAGCUUUGAUGAAAAUCUGGCUGAUAAGCUCUACAAGCAACCUACUGAGCAUUUGGCGAUAUUCGAGGAGGCUGCUACAGAGGUUGCAGAUGAACUUACAGCACCACGUCCUGAAGGGGAAGAAAAAGUUGAGGAAAUUCAAAUUAUGUUAUCUUCAGAUGCUAAUGCUUCCAGUCUCAGAGAUAUGAAGUCAGAAGUUGUCUCUAGACUGGUGAAAAUUCCUGGGUUGGUAAUAAGUGCAUCUGGGAUCAGAGCUAAGGCAACAAAGAUUUCUGUGCAAUGCAGAUCUUGUCUUAAUGUUAUUCCCAAUCUUCCUGUAAAGCCAGGCUUGGAAGGAUAUGUUCUACCCAGAAAAUGCCCCACUGAGCAAGCUGGAAGGCCAAAAUGUCCACUUGAUCCCUACUUCAUUAUGCCUGACAAGUGUAACUGUGUAGAUUUUCAAGUUCUGAAGUUACAAGAAUUGCCAGACAGUAUUCCCCAAGGUGAAAUUCCAAGACACAUCACUUUAUAUGCUGAUAGAUAUCUUUGUGACAGAAUAGUCCCAGGAAACAGGGUGUACAUUCUUGGUAUUUACUGCAUCAAGAAAAUGGGCAGACCCACAAAGCGUGAAGGUCGUGAAAAAGCCCAAACAGGGGUCAGAGCUGGCUACAUCCGCGUUGUGGGUAUCCACGUUGAUAUGGAAGGCUUAGGUUUCUCAGGAGGUGUUCACGUCACUUCAGAGGAAGAAAAUGCCUUCAGAAGACUAGCUGCAAUGCCAGAUUGUUACGAGAAAUUGUCCAAUAGCAUAGCUCCUUUCAUUUUUGGGUCAACGGACAUCAAGAAAGCUGUGACGUGCUUACUAUUUGGAGGAUCUAGGAAAAGGUUGCCAGAUGGGCUGACUAGAAGAGGAGAUAUAAACAUCUUACUGCUUGGCGACCCUGGUACCGCCAAAUCUCAAAUGUUGAAGUUUGUCGAGAAAGUAGCUCCUAUUGCAGUGUAUACUUCAGGAAAGGGCAGCUCCGCUGCCGGUUUGACUGCAUCUGUCAUGAGAGACCCGUCGUCGCGCAAUUUUGUGAUGGAAGGAGGCGCAAUGGUGCUUGCAGAUGGUGGUGUUGUUUGCAUUGAUGAAUUUGACAAGAUGCGGGAAGACGACAGGGUGGCCAUACACGAAGCUAUGGAACAACAAACUAUCUCUAUUGCUAAAGCUGGGAUCACAACGACUUUAAACUCUAGAUGUUCUGUUUUAGCUGCUGCCAACAGUAUCUUUGGAAGAUGGGACGAGACUAAGGGUGAAGAAAACAUAGACUUCUUGCCGACAAUUUUGUCUCGAUUUGAUAUGAUUUUCAUUGUCAAAGAUGAACAUGACAGAAACAGAGAUAUGACUCUGGCCAAACAUAUAAUUUCUGUCCACGCAAACGCAGCGCAAAUAUCAGUUGAACCAAAGCAAGGAGAAUUAUCACUUGAUUUCAUCAAGAAAUACAUCAGCUACUGCAGAACUCAUUGUGGUCCUCGUUUGGACAAAGAAGCAGGAGAAAAACUAAAACGUCGUUAUGUACUGAUGAGAUCCGGAACGAGCCAACAUGAAAAGCAAGUGGAAAAGAAAAGCGCCAUUCCUAUCACUGUGAGACAGUUGGAGGCCGUUAUACGAAUUUCGGAGAGCUUGGCUAAAAUGAGGCUACAACCAUUUGCGACUGAAACUCAUGUAGACGAAGCCUUGAGGUUAUUCCAAGUCUCCACUCUAGACGCUGCCAUGAGCGGUACUCUAUCAGGCGCCGAGGGUUUCACCACCGAGGAGGAACACGAGAUGCUGGUGCGCAUCGAGACUCAGCUAAAGAAGCGGUUCGCGAUCGGUACCACCGUGAGCCAGCAGAGCAUCAUACAGGACUUUGCUCAGCAGCAGUACCCGGAGCACGCGGUCAUGAAAGUCGUCUACACGAUGUUAAGACGGGGACAGUUGCAGCAUAGGAUGCAGAGGAAAAUGCUCUACAGGAUCAGUUGAGGUGUUACACUACUUCAUUAAGUACUUGCGUAUUCUUACACAUUACCCGUUGUUUUAGAAAGUUUUGUAUACUAGUUAUAAGGAAUUAUCAUUCAUAGCGAUUUUUCACAGUCAAUAAAAAUAAAUCAUGUGAUC